UAUCCUACUACACACAAAUCGCCCAUGCGCGCAUCUUUCCUUUCUUUCACCGAUUGCUGAAGUGUGAGACGUCUCUGGCUCACCGCUGUUCAAAAAAUUGUUCAAGUCGGCCAGCAAAUAUAACCAUGUCUCAUUACAAAGACUCUGGAAAAGGACCAGCUGAGGAUGUCACUGUCCAUCGUAUUAGAAUCACUCUGACAAGCCGUAAUGUCAAGAAUUUAGAAAAGGUUUGUGCUGAAUUGAAACGUGGAGCACAAGACAAGAAUCUUCAAGUGAAAGGCCCAAUCCGUAUGCCAACUAAGAUUCUUCGAAUCACCACCCGUAAGACACCAUGUGGUGAAGGUUCAAAGACGUGGGAUCGCUUCCAAAUGCGCAUUCACAAGCGGCUUAUUGAUCUUCACAGCCCCUCGGAGAUCGUAAAACAGAUUACGUCCAUUAGCAUCGAACCAGGUGUUGAGGUUGAGGUGACAAUUGCUGAUGCAUAAACAUUAUCCAUUGGCUGCAGACUCGGCUAAUUUUUAUGCUGUAAAGGGCUGAUCAUUGUGUGACCAGGUCACCCAGUCUUCUAAAGAGUACAUGAAAACAAGCAAAUAAAGCUUAAAAUGUAACUUAAAA